AUGCCAGCAGUUGCGGGAACGACGGCGCCCGCGCCGCAGCAACAAGUGCCGCAGUACGCGCACUGGCAAUUUCCCACGAUACCAAACGGCAGUCCAGCCCCGUUUCCUUUGGCCGGUCACUGCGGAAACUCCCAUGCAGGUGCGGGCUUUCCGCCGUUACCUGAGCCGUGUUGCCCGAUCAAUCCUGGAUUCGCAGUAGCGCCUAUUACCGCUCGCGGGCCCGAUUCUUCCCCUUCUAUACACGGGCGGGGAACUGGACACGCCAUUGGGCACGAGGCGGCGCGUCCGGGUGCAGCGUAUGGAGCAGCGCAUGGGGCCGCGCACGGGGGAGUUCACGGGACUGGCGUGUUUCACCCUCGAGCCGCGGCUGUACAGAAUCAGUUCGCGGCGGCGCGCUUCGCGAUGGCACCCGCGAACCUGAUAUGCGGCGCGGGGCAGAGCGGCGCGGCCAUGUACCUGCCUGCGCGGCUGGUUCACAUGUUCGGGCUGCACGCUGAUGCACACAAUAACGUGCUUGUGGGGCGCCCUAGACCAGCUGCUGCCGCUGCCGCUACUGCUCCAGCAGCUGCUGGCGACGGUGGUGCUGCUGUUGUUACUGAUGGGACUCUUCAUGCUGGUGCUAAUAAAGUGAGACGUGAUUACGACGAGGGGCAUGGGUUGAUUGGAUUGGUGGAAGCAGCAGGUGGUGGUGGGGAAGAGCGUGUGUGGAGGCCAAACGGUGCUGCUCGCGAAUUCACCAUUAUUGUUAUUCCCCCGACACCACAUCACACAACGCGCCUCGCUUUGCCUACUCUACUUUUCGACAGCUUACUUGGCAAGGGGGAGCAGCCUCAGGGCAGUCGUAGACGGAACAAGUGGGAUCCCCGUUGCAGAAGAGCGGGAGUAGGGGGAGAGGGAGGGGGAGUAGUGAAAAUUCGGGGCCGCACACCUGCCCUCCUCCGUACUUCUCCCCUCACUACCAGCUCUCCACUCGCGCAACCUCCGCUUCCCCUCGCCUCCUCCUACUCCUCCCCCUUCUCCAAUCCCACACACCUCCUUCACUCUCCUCCCCACGCUCAUCCCUCCGCAUCCGCGCCCUCCGCGUCUCGUUCACUCCGCCUGUCCGCGGCAAUGAAUCCGAACGCCAACCACCCGGGGUACCGCGCGCGCGUUCCCCCCGGGCCGGGGCAGGAGUCGGUGUGGGACUACCCGCGCCCGCCGCGCGUGGAGCGCGUGGGGAAGCGCGUGCAGGUGGAGGUGGGCGGCGUGAUGCUGGCGGACAGUGAGAAUGCAUGGCGCGUGCUGGAGACGAGUCACCCCCCGGUGUACUACAUCCCUCAGGAGGACAUUCAGAUGCAGUACGUGCAGCGGGAGGACGCAGCGUCGUCCUUCUGCGAGUGGAAGGGCGCAGCCACAUACUGGACCGUCACCAUUCCCCAGGCGUCCAAGCAUCUGCCGCGCUGUGCAUGGAGCUACGAGCGCCCCACGCCCCUCUUCCAGCCCAUAACAUCGCACCUGGCCUUCUACUGCGCGCCUAUGGACGCCUGCCGUGUGGGUGGUGAACUCGCAGAGCCACAGCCAGGGGGGUUCUAUGGCGGGUGGGUGACCAAGGACAUUGUGGGGCCAUUCAAAGGCGGGCCAGGGUCGUGGGGGUGGUGA